UUAUUUAAAAAAAAAUUAUUAUAAUCUCGGUUCAAAGAAACUCAUUCUCCCACCUUACAGGCUGAAAUGAAAUCUACACCUGCUGCAAUAAAACAAAAACACAACUGAGGUACACAGAUUUCUCCAUCAAAACUGUUUUUUUCUUUCAUCGUUUUGUGUCUUUUCCCCUGCAACUCUCUCUUUUUUAUUAUCAACAAUACAAAAAAAUCCAAUAGCAUUAGAUAGUGUCUUGUCUUCAGUAUAAAAAUUUCAACCUUUUUUGUGUCUUCAAUCAAAUCUUGUGCAUAUGACUGAUUUUUCAUAAAAAGUUGCAAUCUUUUGUGUUUUUUCUCUGACCCUUCAACAUGGGAAGGAGUUUUGUUCAAUUUAAAGGUGACACCUUUUUGCCUCCAUUUGAACAACCACCAAAUAAUUUUAAUUUUCAGCCAAACCCAAAUUCACCAUUUUCACCCAUUAUCACCUCAACUUCUAAUCUUCGAUCUGAUAAUUUCAGUUUAAAUGAUAACACCUUAAAGGUUAGUCCAAGUAUACUUUUAAUCAUUAUCAUUUUGGCCAUUGUUUUCUUCAUUUCUGGUUUACUUCACCUACUAGUUAGAUUCCUUUGGAGACCUCAAAGUAGAGACCAUGAUGAUUUGGAUGAUGUUACUGCACUUCAAGGUCAAUUGCAACAGCUUUUUCACCUUCAUGAUUCUGGUGUUGACCAAUCUUUCAUUGAUACAUUGCCUGUUUUCCUUUACAAAGCUAUUAUAGGAUUGAAAAACCCUUUUGAUUGUGCUGUUUGUUUGUGUGAAUUUGAACUUGAAGAUAAGCUUAGGUUGUUGCCAAAAUGUAGUCAUGCUUUUCACAUGGAGUGUAUUGAUACAUGGUUAUUGUCUCACUCUACUUGUCCUCUUUGUAGAGCUAAUUUGCUUCAUGAUUUUUCACCAAACAAUAAUUGUUCAUCCAUUGUUCUUCUUUUGGAAUCUGGUAGUGAUAGUUCUAGAGAGGUUGUUUCAGAAAGAGAGGCUAAUAAUGCAGGUAGUAGUGAUGUUGGCAUUGGAAGGACUAGUUCUGUUAUGACAACAAAUUCUCAUCUUGGUUGCUGUGGUGACUGCGAAAUCGGAGGCGAUUUGGUUCCGAAUAUUGAAAAUGCAAACAUUCCUGACCCAAUUGUUGGAGUUGAAGGAGAUGCUGUGGAUAAAGUUGUCACUGUUAAGCUUGGAAAGUUUAGGAAUGUUGAUGGUGUUGGUGAUGGAGAAGGAAGUAGCAAUAACAAUAUGGAUGAUAGAAGGUGUUUUUCAAUGGGGUCAUUUGCUUAUAUUAUGGAUGAAGCUUCUUCAUUGCAGGUACCAAUUAGGACUCCAAUGAAGAAACAAAUGAUUAAGAAGAAGAAUGUUUUGCCUUUGAUUCCAGGUCAUAAGCCAGCAAUGUCAGAAUAUGACAGUGAAUCAAGAAGAGAUUUCAAAUUUGCAAGCUUUGAUUCAAAUAGAGUUGAUGAUGUUGUUGUUGUUAAUGCUGAAAUUGGAGGUGCUAUUGGAAGGAGCCAAAAAGAGAGUUUUUCUGUAUCAAAGAUUUGGCUUAGAGGGAAAAAGGAUAAGUCAAAUGUUGGGUCUUUGGUUGAUUCAUCUAGAAGGGCUGUUUCAUUUAGGUUUCCAUUACAAAGGAAUGUUGGUAGUUCUACAAAUGAUUUGAAGAGAAAGAAUGGAAGAUUUGAUACAAGGAGUAAUGUUUCUGAGAUGGAAUUUGGUAAAUGGGAAAAUGGAGGAGGAAGUGAAUUUGGCUAUGAUGAAGAAAAUCGAAGUUGCUAUAGUAUGGAUUCACAAGCUAGAGCACCAUCUUUUGCUAAAAGGACUUUGCUUUGGCUAACAGGAAAACAGAACAAGGUUGUUCACUCAUCCAAUACUUCUUCCACCCUCUAGUUUCUUAUCUCUUAUUUUUUUUGAGCCAUUUUUCUUUAAUAUUAUUACAAUUACAUAGAUUUAUAUGUGUAGAUUUAUAAUGGUGGAAAGGUGGAGGAGGAAUGGGAAAAAAGUUGUGGGAUUUGAAUGGAUUACUUUUCAGUUUUUGCAUGAAUUUUGUUGCUGUUCCAUUAAACACGAGUCUACCUCAGUGAAGGUGAAAAUAAUGUAGGAGAUUCUUUUGUUCACCUUCUAUUUGAUUCACCUGUUCAAUGGCAACAUAAAACUUUUAAUUAACAUUUAGAUUUCAUUUUUCA